CGGUGUCAUAUCGGUUAGCCCUUUUCAAAUUUUAUAACCAAUUUACACAGCGAUUUGUGGUAAAAUUUCCACCCGUUGCAUAUUAGCCUUAAAAAUAAUUUUGAUUUUUAAAAAUGAAUGAUUCAUUUAGAAGUUUAUUGCCACCACGUUCCGGUUCUUCACUAGGAUCCCUGUCCUCUGUUAAAAAGCAAAGUCUGUUGAAUCCCAAAGGUUCAGUUCGAAUUAUAUUGAAAUCUGCACACAAUUUUGUUCAACGUUUCGGUUUACCGGUUCCUGUAAGAGUUGAAGAAGCAUUUGCAUUUUCUGAAAGAAACUCCGUUAUAACUGCACGGUUAGAAGGUUCAUAUGCUUGGGUGGUGUGCAGUAGAAAGCUAUAUAUUUGGCAAUUUAGCCAUAAUGUUAACAGAAGCAAUCCAUCAUCAAAACAAAAACUAUUUCCACGGUGUUAUGAAUUGCAGUUGCCUCAGAGUGAUUUGGCCCAUAGAGCUGAACUAGUGACAAUAUUUGAAAAUAAAGAUUCAUUUUGCUGCAUCGCAGUUUCACCUGAAGGAAUGAUACGUUACUGGCCCGAUAUUUCUCAAGAACAUGUGUCUGUGGACCAACAUGUUGAACUGCAAGGUCAAGAAUGUGAUAGCUUAAUAAAUGUGCAGGGUUUGGGUUGUAUUAUUGUUACAACUACAUGCACAGUUGUUUUGGCCAAAGUAAAACCGGGAAAUUAUGGACCAGAUAUUGUAUGUGACACGUUAAGAACACAACUUAGUUGGCUUGGGGGGGUAAGCAGGAGAGUCUCUUCAAUAUUUUUUGGUCCAAUGGCAACUUAUCAAGGUACAGAAACGCGGAUAAUAAGACUUCUAGCCAUUCCAAAUGCUCCAAAACUUUGCACAGUUUAUGUUCUGGCUGGGAGUACUUUGCAAAAGUGGAUUUUAUCAGAACAUAAUGAAGAAAAUCUUGUAUUGUCUAGUGACAUAGGGCCGAUUGUUCGAGAUGGCUAUCGUUCACAAAUUUCUCACUGGGAUUCAUGUGAUCCAGCAGAUAUCGAUGUUUGGAUACUUGAUAUACAGGAAGAUGCUGACAGCAUACUUUUGCUCACGGCCAGUGUCAACUUACACUUUUCACCACAGGUGUAUUACGUUUUGAUUUCUGUGCCAAUAACAUCAACUAGUAUACAAAUUAGAAAUUUUAUAUUGCUUGAAUUAUCCAAUCUUUACAACGAAGAAAAUCCAACAGAAAUUUUAUCAUAUAAAUUUAUUUUAUGCGGAAAUACGGUUUAUUUAUAUAACUCUAAAAGUAUAUCUGUUAUAAAAAUGCAAGAACCAGCGGAUACUUUAGAAUUCCACCACUCCCAAGAUCAAAUCUAUGGCGCUACAGUGUGUGAUGAUAUUCCGGUAUUCCUUUCUAAACAGCACGGUCUUAUUACUGUUUCCAAAAUAGAAAAUAACAUGAAUCUCUCAUUUGCCACAUCUGCUUCGAAUUUGGACUCAUCCUCCUCCUGCGAAACCUGUCUCACGUCGCCAAGUAAUCUUUCCGUUUACCAAAUGAAUGCCGAUGAAAUAUGUAGCGCUCAUAAAGACACUGCUAGUCAACUGAAAGCGGCAUUUAUAUUUCACGUUAAAAGCCAGCUGACUGAAUGCCUAGAGAUUGUCAAUAGUCUAUUUGCCAGCGACAUGGCUACCUUAGCAGGGAUAGAUGCUCCGUUGGACUUAGUGGUACUGCAAAUGAGCAAAGAGAUGUUGGAUGACACACCAGCAGCGGAUCCACGCUGGAACAAUAGGGAUGAAAGUUGCCCGGCUCAGGGUUUGGGAAGUUCCCACUCCAUGCAGGUGCUGCAUCAAAUUCGUGAUAAGCAGAAGGCCUACAAUUUGUUUAUGAAGUUUCUUCGGGAAGCGGGCUUGUGGGACAGGUUUGGAGCAGUGAUCAUUAGGGAUAUGCCUGUGACAACAGUUCAUGCUUUAGCUGAAUAUUCGGAAAAAAUCAUGGCUGCAGAGGUACUGAAACUUAAAAGCGCUAGUGAGUUAUUGGAGAAAGCUCUACAAAGAGUGGUUAAAAACUUUGCAGGAAGAUCCAAUAAAUUACUAACAACGCAGGAUAUUUUCUUUAGGGAAAUCAGUCGAGUUAACGAAGUUAUUCUAUGUUUAUCGAAAGUAUGCAAGGAUAUUUGUCACUCUGCAAUGAGCCCAGCUGAUGUUGCUGAAAUUAUACACGAGGCUAACGAAAUUAUUACGUCGGUAUUUCAAGAAAUUCUGCAGUACAGGCAACAAAAUGCUGAGUUAUUUAUAGUCAAUCAACUAGCUAGUGAUAUGCAAUUGCAGUAUUUACCGUGGACAGCAGCCGAAGGUCCUGAGGGCUUAAUGGACGCUCUCAUGUUACAGUAUUCGCUAACCGUAAAUUAUGGCGUAAAAGUCGCAAGAAAACAGUUGAAGAAUAAAUUAUUAAAAGAUUUGGUGACUAUAACGGAUUUAAUUUUGGAUGGUAAAAAUUCGCAUUUGGAGAGUUUAAACGACCGGAACGCGCAAGCAGUGCUUCGCAAACAAUUCACUAAUUGUCGUACUAAGCUGAUCAAACCAUUUGUUGAAGAACAAGCUUGGGAACAAGCGGCAAUGUUGGCAGAGAAAUAUUUAGAUUAUGAAAUGUUGGUAGCAAUAUGCGAAUUAACUAAUAACGAAGAAAGAUUAGAAGAAUACAAACGACGUUUUGUUGAUAGCGAUUUUAUGGAACAUAUGCUUAACUGGUAUCUCAAAGAAGGAAAACAUGAGAAAAUCCUCAAUAAGAAUCCCACUCAUGGUGAUGCAGCUGUAGAAUAUGAGUUACGUCGGUUCUUGGACGAACAUCCAUCCUUACUUUGGGUACAGCAAAUCUAUGACAAAGAUUUUUCUGCAGCAGCAGAAACCCUUCAGUGUUUGAGUCAACGCGUAUCCCAGUCACUGAAGCGCAAAAAGACUGUUUUGUCCUUAUGCAAGCUGGCCAAACUCGCAGCCCCUGAAGACGACAACGAUUUUAUUUCUGAAAUCGAUGACCAGCUGGAACUGGUCUCGUUGCAGGAAUAUAUACCGGACUAUGUAUUGCAGAAAUAUGGCUAUGACCCUAUGAAUCCAAUCGUAAUUGCACCUCGUGAAAUGAUAGCCCUUUAUACUUGUAUAGAGUAUUCAGAUUCCAAUGAACUUGACUACAAAAGGGCUCUUAGCAUUAUCAAAUUUCUCGAAACUGAAGAAGAAAAAUCGGAAGCCAGCUUGAAGAUUUGGCGGGCAGCGUUGUUGCGUGAUUUCUGGAAUACUCCAACUUUAGAUUCACCAUUGCAAUAUAUUCAAAACACCAUAUUUUUUAAGUUGGCCAAUUUAUGUGCAAACUUGGGGGAUAAUCCACAUAAUGUUCUUCCGCCCAUAGAAGUAUUAGUGGACGAUCCAGCACUAGCACAACUGAAUAGUAAUAAAAAUUUCCAAUUUUUGUUGAAAGCCGGUUAUGAUUAUUUCUAUCGUACCCAUCUGUAAUACUUCUUAAAUUAUUUCUAAUACAU